AUGGAGGAGACGACGAGGACGGUCAAGGACAACGAUGCGGGGUGCUGCCCUCCGACGUGGGCGCACGGACGAAAGGAAGCGUCGGGUUGGGCAUGUUCGUUUCGGCGCGAGGACGAGGAACAGUACGAUAGAUCGGAUCAGUACAUAUUGAUGACGUCGCUGAGCAUGCCAUCUGAUCGGUCGACGUCACGAGACAUGGUGCUGGCCGAGGAUGGUGAAGGAGCCGACUGA